AUGCCAGAACCGAGCAGGGACAGGCCAGGGGGGCAAACCUCCCACUGCUCCGGGAAGCACGAGAAAAUCUCCACCACAGUGGAGAACGGGCCGAUUGCUGGGGGGCCGAGCAAUGAGCGUCCCGCCCGACCCCCUUCCCCUGGUGCUGCUGUUUUUGCAGCUCCAGCAUCUCCUGUUCCCGCAGGGGAACAUCUGGCCGUGUUUCGCUCCCAGGAUGGCCAAGCCCAAGUGCUGGACGCCCACUGUCCCCACCUCGGGGCCAACCUCGCUGCCGGCGGGCGGGUCCGGGGCGGCUGCAUCGAGUGCCCCUUCCACGGCUGGCAGUUCCGAGGAGAGGAUGGGAAAUGCAUCAGCAUCCCGUGUGCUGCAAAAGUGCCGGAUCGCGCCAGGGUGCGGGGCUGGCCGUCCUGCGAGGUGAACGGGAUGCUGCUGGUCUGGUACCACUGCCAAGGGCUCGAUCCCACCUGGGCAGUGCCCGAGCAGCGCGAGAUCACCACGGGAGAGUGGGUGUUCCUUGGGCAGACGGAGCUCCUGGUGGACACGCACAUCCAGGAGAUCCCCGAGAACGCGGCCGACGCGGCUCACUUGGCUUUUCUGCAGGGCCCAGCUGUCCUGGCAGGGUCUGACCUGAGGUACACCAGGUCCAGGCUGGGGGACUUCAUGAAGCACACCUGGAAGGCAGAGUGGCAGCCCGAGCCCAACGCAAACGAGCACUGCUCCCACCUGCUGCUCCAACACUCCGCCACCAUCUUCGGGAAUGGCCUCUGCCUCACGGAUCUGACGGUCUCAGCCAGGCAGGUGGGGCCAGGGCUGGUUUACCUGACCUUUGAACACGCGUUCCUGGGCCGUGGUGUCAUCCUGCAGACGGUGACUCCCCUGCAGCCUCUCCUGCAGAGCGUCCGUCACAAAAUCUACGACCAGAAGAACGUACCAGCCAUAGAACCCAAGCUCAUCCUGAGGGCAGAGUGUGUCCAGUUUGAGUGGGAUGUGACCACCUGGAAUAACAAGCAGUACCUGUCCAAGCCACUCCUGGUCCGGGAGGACUCUGGGAUCCGGAGACACCGGCGCUGGUUCUCCCAGUUCUACAGCGAGGGGAGCGUGAGGUCCCUGGCUCGGGAGGAGGGCCUGGACUGGUGAGGACCCUCCUGCCCCCUCACUGUAGGAGCUGCCAGAGGCUCUCAGGUGGGUCCUGCCCACCCUGGCUGGUGGCAGAGAAGCUGUGCAGGCACCACCAGUGUAACAAAUACAGGCAAUGCCACAGGGAGCAGAGCCUGAGCCCCGGUGAUCCUUCGGUGUCCAGGGCACCAAAACUCCAAGGCUGUCCUGCAGUGUGAGCUGAGGGUGAAAUUCAGGUUAGAAUCAUGGAAUCACAGAAAUCCUGAGCUGGAAGUGACCCACAGGACCAUCCAACCCACCUCCUGGCUCUGCACAGACACCCCAACAAUCCCACCCUGUCCCUCAGAGCGUUGU